AUGGACGUAACUCGCCCUACCCUGGGACCUCAUGCUAGGGGGCAUACUGAUCACGAAGGCUUCCUUUAGGACUGGGGCCUCAAAACCACAGACGGGAGCUAAUGAAAUGCCGUGUUUCAACUUGAACCUUUGGUUGACGUGUCAUACGCCCCUUCGAAGGUUUAUGGACCCUUUCCUAUCAAGGUCGUGUUCGCAUAUGUUGUCGCGGUUCCCACACCUCAAAGUGCAAGGCUUCUGUAGUACCGAGAGUGGGUGACGCGACAAAGCAACUCUAGUAAGAGCAUGGGAAUACACAAUAUAUUCACAAGGCUGGCAAAAUGUAUUUUUUUCAUAAUUUUUUAACUGUUAACCAGGUUUAGAGAAGAGGGAGCAGAAUUAGCAAACUGGAAACUACCCUGGAGAUCCAAAACACCUUAACAUAUGUCUUGCUUCUCCACUUAUUCCUUUGUACAGGAAGCCUAUGCAUAGUAACCCUCAGAGACGGAUCUUACUAUUAACAAAAAAAAUGAAAAAAAUACUUUUCAAAUCCACUCGUUCCAUACUGAAUCCUGUAAGUUCCAGUAAGUGGAAGUCAUUGUUCCAUAUCACAUUGGAAUCGCCUUGCUUUCCAUAGAAGACCUUGACGGAGCCGUCUGUCUUUAAGAAGUAGUCGCCCCAAGCCCCGUAGCUCGGACCCGUCACAUUCUCCUGACCACGUUCCUGUGACCAACGCUGCACUUACCAGACCCGUCUUUUUUUCGUUCUCCCCAUUUUGGCAAGCAGACGGGCAGGAGGUGUACACAGUGUACUUCGGAUUGUAGUCUUGAUGGCAUUGCGCAGGUUGGCCUUGAGGAUGGGGUUUGUCUCUGGCCAGAAGUGCGGGCGCUGAGCUGGUAGAGACCACAGCAGGGGACCUUCUUCAGGGAACUUCAGCCAGGUUUUGUCAGCCAGACUUCUUGUCCGGGGUUGAAGAGGAUGUCCGCACCUCGACCGUUGCCGCCCUGCACUUCGGUCACGGUCCAAGAAGGUGGCUCCGAAUCUUUUGGCCUGUCUUGAGUUUUUUGCUCUGGGACUUGGCAGUACAUGGUCUCAGCGCGAUCGUGACACCGUUGAUGGUGCCCACUGUCUUCCACCCUAGACAUUUCUGACAGAAUGGAUGGAGGCCGCUCAUGGCCACCUACAGGGCGUACGGCUGUGUGUAGUGCACCCGUCCCUCCAGUGCACCCUGCGGAUGUAGUGGGUGCCAUAGAUGGAGAGGAAGUGGCGGUAGGCGGGGUCGGUUUGUGAGUCUACAUCUGGGAAGGUUUUUUUAGGGAGGCCUGAAACUCCCUGCUCAGGGGAGGUUGUUCGUAGGCGGAAGCUAAGGACAGGGAGAGAGGUAUGAAUGAAUGAAAACAACUCAACAACAUGAGAAACACCGUUUUUUUCCGUACACAUUUUAUAUCAUUAGCUGUGUUGUUUUUUGGGCGUAGACCCACCUCUUUACCCUAUGACACUAAAAUCAAAAUCUUGACUCGAUGUGUAAUAUUUGCAUUUGAUUCAUGGCUGGUGAAAGAUUCUUACUUUUGUUGAGUGGCCUCUGGCGACUGGCAGUCUUGGAGUGGUGUGCCUCCAACAGCAACCCCAGCAAUGCCCAAUUGAAUCCCAGGCCAACCGGUCAGCUGAUGCUGGCAGGUUAGUGGUUCCUCCUUCAAAGAACGGAGCUGCUUUGAUUCGUACAUCUUGCUUGCUGAUGAUACCGCGACAUGUCACCUUUGGUUGCGCCAGUCCAUUACAGAGAGUGGCAACUUCUGGACCUGUGUUCAUCAGAUGUUGAUGCACGGUGCAGUUACCGUCGUGCCCAUCUACCAUGAACUUCUGCACCUCCACCACAAAGGCGCCGGAGUCUGCAAUCUUGACGAUGUCGAAACCCUCUCCGCCACAACCUGGCCGGAGAGGGUUUUCGACAUCGUCAAGAUGCAGACCUCCGGCGCCUUUGUGGGGAUGUGCAGAAGUUCAUGGUAGAUGGGCACGACGGUAACUGCACCCUGUGCAUCAACACUCUGAUGAACAACCAGGUCCAGAAGUUGCCACUCUCUGUAAUGGACUGGCGCACAAAGGUGACAUGUCGUCGGAUCAUCAGCAGCAAGAUGUACGAAUCAAGCAGCUCCGUUCUGAAGGAGACCACUAACUCUGCCAGCAUCAGCUGGAAGGUUGGCCUGGGAUUCAAGGGCAUUGCUGGGGUUGCUGUUGGAGGCACACACUCCAAGACUGCCAGUUCGCCAGAGGCCACUCCACCAAAGAUAAGUAAUCUUUCACCAGCCAUGAAUUCAAAUGCAAAUAUUACACAUGAGUCAAGAUUUUGAUUUUAGUGUCAUAGGAUGUAAAUUGAGGUGGUCUAAAGCCAAAAAACAACAACAGCUAAUUAUAUAAAAUGUGUACGGAAAAAAACGGUGUUCUCCAUGUUGUUGAAGUUGUUUUCAUUCAUCAUACCUCUCUCCCUGUCCUUAGCUUCCGCCUACGAACCCAACCUCCCCUGAGCCAGGAGUUUCAGGACUCCCUAAAAAACCUCCCCAGCAUGUAGACUCACAAAACCGACCCCGCCUACCGCCACUUCCUCUCCAUCUAUGGCACCCACUACAUCCGCAGGGUGCACCUGGAGGGCCGGGUGCACUCCACCACAGCCGUACGCACCUGUAAGGUGGCCAUGAGCGGCCUCUCCCUCCAUUCUGUCAGAAACUGUCUAGGGGUGGAAGACAGUGGCACCAUCAACGGUGUCACGAUCAGCGCUGAGACCAUGUACUGCAAGUCCCAGAGCAAAAAACUCAAGACAGGCCAAAGCUUCGGAGCCACCUUCUUGGACCGUGCCACCGAAGUGCAGGGCGGCAACGUCGAGGUUGCGGACAUCCUCUUCAACCCCGACAAGAAGUCUGGCUACAAAACCUGGCUGAAGUCCCUGAAGAAGGUCCCUGCUGUGGUCUCCUACCAGCUCAGCUCCCUGCACUUCCUGGCCAGAGACAACCCCAUCCUCAAGGCCAACCUGCGCAAUGCCAUCAGAGACUACAUCCAGAAGUACACUGUGUACACCUCCUGCCCGUCUGCUUGCAAGAUGGGGAGACGCAACAAAGACUGCGUCUGUAAGUGCAGCGGUCACAGGAACGUGGUCAGGAUGAAUGUGACGGUGGUCCGAGCUACGGGGCUCUGGGGCGACUACUUCUCUAAGACAGACGGCUACGUCAAGGUCUUCUAUGGAAAGCAAGGCGAUUCCACUCCUGUGAUCUGGAACAAUGACUUCCACUACUGGAACUACAGGAUUCAGUAUGGAACGGUGGAUUUGAAAAGUAUUUUUUUCAUUUUUUUUGUUAAAUAGUCAGAUCCGUCUCUUGAGGGUUACUAUGCAUAGGCUUCCUGUACAAAGGAAUAAGUGGAGCAGCAAGACAUAUGUUAAGGGUGUUUUGGGAUCUCCAGGGUAGUUUCCAGUUUGCUAAUUUUGCUCCCUAUUCUAUAAAACCUUGUAACAGUAAAAAAAUUAUUAAAAAAAUAACAUUUUGCCAGCAUUGUGAAUAUAUUGUGUAUUCCCACUGCUCUUACUUAGAGUUCUUUGUCUCGUUCACCCACUCUCUGUGUUACUUAACAGAGCCUUGCACUUUGAGGUGUGGGACCGCGACAACAGAUGGAACAAUGACCUGCUAGGAAAGGGCUCCAUAACCCUUCGAAGGGGCAUGAACGUCAACCAAAGGUUCAAGUUGAAACACGGCACACUUUAUGUCUCCCUGUCUGUGGUUUGCGGCCCCAGCCUUAAAGGAGCCUUCUGUGAUCAGUAUGCCCCCUCGCCUGGGUCCCAGGGUAGGCUGAGUUACGUCCAUGACUGGGACAGAGAGACAGAGAUGUUACCCACUCUCCGGAACAGGACCUUCCUGUGAGCGGCGCCCCUCGUGUUAAAUUACUUACUUAAUUAUAAUAUAAUAAUAAUAUAUGCCAUUUAGCAGAUGCUUUUAUCCAAAAGGACUUACAGUACAGUGCAUACAUUUUAGAAUAUGUGACCCCCAGCGGGAAUCAAACCCACAACCCUCUAACCAAUGCUCUUACCAUCUGAGCCACACAGGACUACUUACUCCUCUUCACUCCAUGUGGAACAUAAGGUCGCAACAACACACACCAUGCCAGACGGUCCUUUGCAGCUUUCUCUCUGCUUCACCUUUGUUACAUGAGGCUAAUGGUAAAUCAGUAAAAAUAAUGCAUUAAAUCUAUAGGUCAACCAAUUAGUCUUUCCUUUCCAAGGCGAUAA